GUGGCGGUAUAAAGUAUAUCCUGUCCUCACAGACAGAUAAGAAGCCAAGACAGGAGGUGGGAUGAAGAUGGCGGACGCCAAGCAGAAGAGGAACGAGCAGUUGAAGCGGUGGCUGGGCUCGGAGACGGACUUGGAGCCGCCCAUACUGAAAAAGAAGAAGACGAAAGUGAAGUUCGACGAUGGCGCCGUCUUUUUGGCCGCCUGCUCGAGCGGCGACACCGAAGAGGUGCUCAGACUGCUGGACCGGGGCGCUGACAUCAACUACGCCAAUGUGGAUGGUCUCACCGCCCUUCAUCAGGCCUGCAUAGACGAUAACGUGGACAUGGUGACCUUCCUGGUGGAGCACGGAGCCAGCAUCAACCAGCCGGACAACGAGGGCUGGAUCCCCCUGCACGCCGCCGCCUCCUGCGGGUACAUGGACAUCGCAGAGUACCUGAUCAGCCAGGGGGCCAAUGUGGGCGUGGUCAACAGCGAGGGAGAGACGCCACUGGACAUCGCCGAGGAGGAGGCCAUGGAAGAACUCCUGAAGAACGAGAUCAACCGGCAGGGGGUGGACAUCGAGGCGGCCCGGAAGGAGGAGGAGCGCGUGAUGCUGCGGGACGCUCGGCAGUGGCUGAACAGCGGCCAGAUCACCGAUGUGCGGCACGCCAAGUCCGGCGGCACCGCGCUGCACGUCGCCGCCGCCAAGGGCUACGUCGAGGUUUUAAAGCUUUUAAUCCAGGCAGGGUAUGAUGCAAAUAUUAAAGAUUUCGACGGCUGGACUCCGCUCCAUGCAGCUGCGCACUGGGGCAAAGAGGAGGCCUGUCGAAUCCUGGUGGAAAACAUGUGUGACAUGGACGCUGUCAACAAAGUGGGCCAGACAGCCUUUGAUGUAGCAGAUGAAGACGUCCUGGGUUACUUAGAAGAGCUACAAAAGAAACAGAAUCUGCUCAUGAGUGAGAAACAAGACGUCAAGAAGUCUCCUCUGAUCGAAACGACGACUACGGUGGAAAACAACCAACCGCUGAAACCGCUCAAAAACAAAGAGACGGUGCUGCUGGAGCCGGAGAAGCCCGCCCCGCGCAUAGAGGCCCUGGAGCCGGAGAAGGCCGAGGAGGAGGAGGAGGGCAAGAAGGACGAAUCCAGCUGCUCCAGCGAGGAAGAAGAGGAGGAAGAGGAGGACUCCGAGUCCGAGACCGAAGCAGACAAGAGCAAGCCCUCUGCACCCGUGAGCAACGCCAACAGCACGGCGCCGGCGCCGACCAGCAUGACAGUGUCUCCGCCGACCUCGCCCACCAGCCAGGUGACCCCCUCAUCACCUGUCAAGAAGUUGGCUCCUCCCUCUGGGAAGGUUUCCCCCAAAGAGGAGGAGCGGAAGGACGAGUCUCCCGCCUCCUGGAGGCUGGGCCUGCGGAAGACAGGCAGCUACGGGGCCCUGGCGGAGAUCACAGCCGGGAAGGAGGCGCAGAAGGAGAAAGACUCCUCUGGGGUGAUGCGCUCCGCCUCCAGCCCCCGCCUGUCCUCUACGCUGGAGAACAAGGACAAGGACAAGGAAAAGGAGAAAGGAACGCGGCUCGCCUACGUAGCGCCCACCAUCCCCUCCCGCAGAAUGGCCAGCACCUCCGACAUGGACGAGAAGGAGAACAGGGACUCCGCGGCGAGUCUGGUGCGUAGCGGCUCGUACACCAGGAGGCGCUGGGACGAUGACGCCAAGAACAGCGAAGGCACCGCGCCCCUGAGCAAAACGCCAGGCUACCAGCGCAGCACGUCCCACUCGCUAGCCAUAGGGCGGAGCAGCAGCGCGCGAGACGUGCCGGCAAAGUCCUCGUCCGCCACCAGCUUGGACCCCCAUACCUGUAACACUAAACCCUGGCAGUCCCAGUACAUCGUUCAUAGAAGCGGCUCUUUCGGUAGGAGGCAGGAGGACGCACUCAGCCCCAGCCCCACCUCCACCUCAACCUCCACCUCCUCAUCUGUUACCUCGCCCACCGGCACCCGGGGCCUGCUGUCCGGCUCCGGCUCACUGUCCUCCGCCCGCUCCGGCUCCUCCAGCACCACCUCCGGCCUCAGCAGCAGGUUCUGGCCAGAGGAGAGUGCAGAGAAGGAGAAGGAGUCGGCCGCUGUCAUUCCCACCAUUGUAAAUACAGCAGCAGCCACCACCACCACCACCACGUCAACCACGUCCACCACCGGCCCUGUACUGUCCUCUGACGGCAGGGAGAGACGCAGAUCAUACCUCACUCCUGUCCGGGAUGAAGAGUCCGAAUCCCAGAGGAAAGCACGGUCCAGACAGGCCCGGCAGUCCAGGCGCUCCACCCAGGGGGUGACCCUCACUGACCUCCAAGAGGCGGAGAAGACCAUCGGCCGGAGCCGCGUCACUCGAACCCGGGACGAGGAGAAGGAGGAGAAGGAGAAACAGGACAAGGAAAAGCUGGAGGAGAAGAAAGAGAGCGAGACCAAGGAGGACGACUACAGGUCUCGCUACCGCAGCUUCGAAGAGCGCUACCGGACAGCAGGCACCUCGGCUACCACCAUGCCCACCUCCACCUCCACCACCUCGCUCUCCACGUCUAGCGCCCUCAACAGGCCCAACAGCCUGACGGGGAUCAGCGCGGCCUACCCCAGCCUGGGAAGGCUGUCCCGGGAGAUGGACAAAGAGUCAGACAGGAAGGACGAGGAGAAGGAGGGAGAGGACAAGUCCCAGCCCAGGUCCAUACGGGACAGACGGAGGCCGAGGGAGAAGAGACGCUCCACCGGCGUGUCCUUCUGGACUCAGGAUAGCGAUGAAAACGAUCCGGAGCAGCAGUCGGACUCUGAGGAUGGCAGCGGCCGGAGCGGCCCGCAGAGCGAGCGACUUGCGAGGAACGACUCUGGGUUGACUAGCCUUACCGCUUCUGAGCGCUACGACCGCAUCUACGGCGAGGGCAGGAGGCCCUACUCCAGUAGGCUGGAGAGAGAGGACGCCACCGAUUACAAAAAGCUUUAUGAACAGAUCCUAGCUGAAAACGAAAAGCUCAAAGCCCAGUUACGGGACACUGACCUGGAGCUCGCCGACUUGAAGCUACAGCUUGAAAAGGCUACGCAGAGGCAGGAGCGGUUUGCUGACCGGUCGCAGCUGGAAAUGGAGAAAAGGGAAAGAAGAGCUUUGGAAAGGAAGAUCUCUGAGAUGGAGGAAGAACUAAAGACUCUACCAGACUUGAAAGCUGAUAAUCAGAGACUAAAGGACGAGAACGGAGCCCUGAUCCGCGUCAUUAGCAAACUUUCCAAGUAGACCAUUCCCCCCCCUUACAGGAGCGACUAAUGGUAUUGCACAUUUAGAUAUUAAUUACAACAGACAUCAGCUACAAGAAGGUAUCCCCCCCCCUCCUCCCUGCAAUCACCUUGAUGCCCUGCCCCCCCCAUACACCCAUGAUUACAUCAUCUUCUCCCCCAUUGGCCCCCCCCCCCAGCUAGGGUUUCUCCUCCUGCCUGCUGCCACUGUCCAGACAGAAGGACCGAGUUUACAAGCGAAAGAAAGCAUCGUGAUUGGGCUGGGAAGCCUCAAAAAUAUUUAACCGAUACGCCUUAGUUUGUACAUAAAACACUUGCAUCCAGCUCUCAGCUGUCACAGAAGAACAGUUUAUCCAACACCUGAUUUUUAUUUGUGCCACAACCUAUUUUUUUUUCUUUCUUUUUCUUUUCUUUUGUAUCUUCACCGGCUUAGAAGUGUUGUUUGCUGUGUGAUUUCCUUCUGACCCCUCCCCCCUCUGUCCUGUGCAAGAAGCCCCGCCCCCUUCCCCGCGAGGCCUCUGUCACUCAGUUUCCCAUGCUUUCCAGCGUUCAAUUGGACGAUACUGUAACCCUUUCCUUUCUUAUACCACUCCCCCCAACCCACACGCACACACAAACAUGCGCGCAUGCACACACCACCCAUUGCAUUAGCCUUUGUUUUACUUCCUCGAGGAAGGAAAAGGAAUUCACAUUAUAUGGAAUAGGUGGACUUGGUGGAAUUUAAGCUUUCACUGUAUGUGCAAUAUGCAUUUAUUUCUUAUAAAAAUGCUUUAAUGAGUCCAUCAAAAAGUAGUUUUCACUUUCCCCAUGCCUCCCUCCCUCUCCCUUUUUUCCUGUCUUUUUUUUUUAAGUUUGUAGUGUAGUUGUUGGUUUAUACCCUGUGUUGUUCACGUUUUAGCAGGUACUGAGUGAUGCUGUAUAUAUGUAUUGUUUGAGACCAGCACAUGGCAUGCAUUGUGAUACCCUAUGACAAAACCCUGUCUGUUACGAUUAAACUAUACAAACUCCAGAGGACACAAAGUGUGUUUUAACUACUUUCUUUUUUUUCUUUUAGCCAUUGAAUUACAGUAGAGCCUCUCUUGAGAAGGGGACGGCUAGCAGUAUCCAGUUAUUUUUUUUCUUCCUUCAUCUUUUAAAAGUGUUCACGGUAAUUGCGAAGAAAAAUAAUAUAAUUCCUUCACUACAUUUCACACAUUGUAUACAGUACCUUCGGAGGAGCGCUGUUUGGUUUCUGUUAGCCAUAGUAUUAGCCCUGGUUUUUUUCAGGCAAUCCUAGUCCUUUAACACUGUCAACAUGCACUGUUUAUUCCAUGUGAGGAGUCCUGUCCGCUUUUGAGAACUUGCCACUAUGUCAAAUAAAGACCAUGCUUCGGAACAUAUAAUUUAUGCAUUUCAGUGGCCUUUUAAAUUUGCCAUAGUGAGAAGAAACGUAGCUGAAUCCAUUGGUUUCCUCUUCGGUUUUCUUUUUAUUUUUGUUUUUUUUUUUUAAAAGUUCCUGCCAUCUUGUAAAGAACGUGAGUGACUUCAUACUGGCGCGCUGUGCUGUGACAACCACGGAAGAGUUGAUUAAAAAGACAGUUGUACAUUGUAAAGCUUGUGUUAGCUAUUGUAUUGUCAUUGAUUAUAUUGUAUACGUAAAUGUGAAUUUAUACCCCGACAUAAAAGAGAGAUUUGAGCGAGAGAGGAGAGGGGAUUAAAAAAAAAAAAGGUCAUGUCAAAUAUUUUAGUUUAAACGCUGGGCAGUUGUCUUUUUUUUUUUUU